AUGAAAAUUUUGUACUUCACUACAUUAUUGGCAUUAGCCAAUGCAGCUACUUUAAGUAGUUUCAAAGCUCCUUCAUUUGACAUCACUCAAGAAACAACUUUUGCUAAAAGGGAUAUCAUAUCUGCAGAUUUUGCAGACCCAAAUCUCAUUUAUAGCAUCGAGGUUAAAGUUGGUUCGAAUAAAGAUCCCGUUAGACUUCAAUUUGAUACAGGGUCAUUCGAUGCACACGUUGUUGAUAUAGAUGUUUUGUGCAAUAAUCAAUGUCAAAAUUUAGGUACUUUUGAUUCUAACGAAUCAACAUCUUUGGUUAGAUUAAAUAGAAAUAUAACAAGUAAUUACGGUUUAUCUAGUGUUGGUGAAACUGUAUUGGCUGGUGAAUUAGUCAAAGAUGAUUUUACUAUUGGCGAUAUAACAAUCAAACAAUUUCCUUUUGUUGAUGAUAAUUAUAUCAAUGGAAGAUUGUCAGGUAUGUUAGGAAUGGGUCAUUCACAACCAAAAGAAAGAAAUCCAGUUUGGAGUGCUUAUGAACAAGGAUUGAUACCUAAACCUGCUUAUUCGUUCUAUUUGGGAGAUCAUAGCUUUCCGGGCAAAGUUUAUUUUGGUGGUUACGAUAAAGCAAAAUUAGAUGGUGAAUUUAGCUGGCAUUCAAUUAAUAAUACCAACAUUCAAGGUCAUUCUGAUUAUAUGGUUGUUGAAGGACAUAACAUCACCAUUAACAAAAAUUAUACAGUUGAUACUGGUGGUGAUGGGGCAUAUAUGCCAGAGGCAAUUUACAAUCAAUUACUCACAGCACUUCCAGAAGAAUCAGAUUACAACAAAAAAUACAAUUACAGAAACUGUUCUCUUUAUGAAGGCAAAACUUUCGAGUAUUCAAUCAAUGGCAAAUUAUUAACAGUGCCAUUAAAAUCAUUUUUAUUUCCAGAUGAAUCGGGUAGUACUUGUUUCUUGGGAGUUAGCAAAGGUGAUUAUGCUCAAUUAGGUGCUAUGAUGUUUAGAUACUUUCAUGUCGCUGUGGACUUUGAAAAAGAACUUAUUGGAUUUGGUCAAUUGAAAAAUACAACUGAAACUAAUGUUGUACCAUUCUAA